CGCCAGAAUAUCUUUAAAGCUGUCAAAUAUAGCAUACAGCCAACUGUAGCCUAUUUUUUUUACAAACACAUUUAUUAUUUUUAUUUACCCCAAGAAAUCAUAAGAGAGAUUUUCCAUCUCUAACUCUUCGUUCUCCACCAAGGCUCUUGUGGGUGUUCUAAGGUCUGUGUCAUUAUUUGCUCAGUGUUUCGAGGAGAGGGUGAACGGAAUAUGUUGAGGUAUUCAAUCGACAGAUAAGGUUGGACAACGGAGACGCCUUCAGUAGGUUAGCAUCUUUGACAUUAAAUCCGAUGUGAUACAUACAUUGGCCGAUAUAUGACGGGUCAUCCAUAUUUUCUCUGUAUCAAUUUUUUCACCAGAGGGGUGAUACAGUCUCUGACGUCUGCAUCAGAUAUUACCUAUUGAAUUUUUUCACUGUGCGUUUCCCCGUUAGUGACUUUGUGUUGAGAGAAGCAUUUCCACAUCAUCAGCAACGAAAACGGUAUGAAGAUUUCUUUUUUCUUUUUUUAUCCACUGCACCCCCUUACCCCACAGCAAUUACAGCUAAAACAAAUCCUUAAACACAACACAGGCUACAUUGUGGAUCAAUCUCUCUCGCCGGAGCUUUGUUGGAACCAUGCCUCUUCCACAGAUUUGCUCUGGGAAACUGCAACAGCCAAUCUAAUCAACAAGACACGGCUGCUUCUCUUCAAGCGUCUGUCAUUAAUUGCCCGACUAUUGUCCAUCUAAAGGAAGAUUACUUAUCAUCACUUUUGAAAGUCUUGUGUUGGGGAUUUUGAGCAAGAUGUCUGAUCUGCUGGUGUUGGUUGAAGGGGUCUGUGACCUGCACGGAUUUCCAUAGCUUGGGAAAACGGCUGGGACCAAUUACGAGGUUUAAACACGCAUUUAAAAAAAAAAAUAAAGCCACUUCAUGUGUAGGUGUAGACUGUCGUAUAUAUUUUUACAGUCAUUUCUUUUGACUGGCUCUUUUACUUGUUUUUUACAAUUAUUUUUGGACAACAGGCGGUUGGAUUAUUGAAACUACACAAGGAUUUGUGGAAAUGUUGGGUCCUCAAGAAGAUAAAUUAUGUGGAAUUUUCUCUGCUUUGGCGGCUUUGUCCUUCGUUUGCUUUGCUCAAAGCUCCACCCCUGGAAACACCGGCAUGUCUGUUGCCAAGUCUACGGUGGACAAGCUACUAAAGGGGUAUGACAUCCGUCUACGCCCUGACUUUGGAGGUCCUCCAGUCAUUGUAGGAAUGAGCAUCAACAUCGCUAGCAUCGACUCCAUCUCGGAAGUAAACAUGGACUACACCAUCACAAUGUAUUUCCAGCAAAGUUGGCGAGACAAGAGAUUGGCCUACGCCGAGCUGGACCUCAACCUGACUCUGGACAACCGCGUGGCCGACCAGCUGUGGCUCCCAGACACCUACUUCCUGAACGACAAGAAGUCCUUUCUGCACGGCGUGACGGUCAAGAACAGGAUGAUCCGUCUGCACCCGGACGGCACCGUUCUGUACGGACUCAGAAUAACCACCACGGCAGCUUGCAUGAUGGACCUGCGGAGGUACCCCCUCGACGAGCAGAACUGCACCCUGGAAAUCGAAAGCUAUGGGUACACAACAGAUGACAUCGUGUUCUUCUGGCAAGGAGGGGACACGGCCGUGACCGGAGUGGACAAGCUGGAGCUCCCUCAGUUCUCCAUCGUGGAGCUGCGCUUGGUGUCCAGGGAGGUGAGGUUCACCACAGGGUCCUACCCCAGGCUAUCGCUGAGUUUCAGGAUAAAGAGGAACAUUGGCUACUUCAUCCUGCAGACCUACAUGCCCUCCAUCCUGAUCACCAUCCUGUCCUGGGUGUCCUUCUGGAUCAACUACGAUGCGUCCGCGGCGCGAGUCGCCCUGGGUGUUACCACGGUGCUCACCAUGACAACAAUUAACACCCACCUUAGGGAGACCCUCCCAAAGAUCCCAUAUGUGAAAGCCAUCGAUGUCUACCUCAUGGGCUGUUUUGUGUUUGUGUUCCUGGCGUUGCUGGAAUAUGCCUUCGUUAAUUACGUGUUCUUUGGAAGAGGCCCCCAGCAGCAGAAGAAGAUCAACGACAGGAUGAACAAAGCCAACAACGAGCGUCCGAGAUACGAAGAGAAGCGCCUGAGGGAACAGGACUCCAUAUCCGUGCCGUUUCAAACCAACACCCUCAGGUCAUAUACACAGCGGAGAAAUCUGUAUCUCGAGGAACAAAGAAAAGUUGGGGUGGACGCGUACGGGAACAUCCUGCUCACCACGCUGGAGAUGAACAACGAAGUGAUGCCCUCCGACGUCGGAAGCAGCGUGAGCGACUCGCGGAACUCGGUCAUGUCCUUCGACAGCUCAGGGGUGCAGUUCAGGAAGCCCAUGGCCCCUAGGGACGGCUUUAGCCACCAGUCCUUGGACCGCGGAGCCAUGCGUACCCGUGCCAACUGUCGCCUACGACGACGCUCCUCCAAGCUCAAGCUGAAGAUCCCCAACCUGGCUGAUGUCAGCACCAUUGACAAGUGGUCCCGGGUCAUUUUCCCCAUAACCUUUGGAUUUUUCAACCUAAUCUACUGGUUGUACUACGUGAAUUGAUGUGUAUCCUACUAGGAAUCAUGGGCCAUAUUUUGAGAGCACAUUAAAUUGGCUUUGAUACGGUUGGAAAAUAUGUAUACACAUAUACAAGUUGAUACAUAUGUAUAUGCAUAUUUCUAUAUAUUAUAUUUAUAUAUACACAUGUGUGUGUAAAUCUGAAGGACCUUUCUCCUGUACAAAGUAUUAAUAGAAUGACUUGAAUGUUUAAGAAUAAUUCCGAGAGAAACUUUUCAAGCCUCUGAAUCUCCCUUUUCGUCCAGAAACAACUGAACACCUGACUGAACCCUUGGGGGGGGGGGAUUUUGGAACUAAAGACUGCAUGAUAUUUUUGCUAAAAAAAAAUAAGAAAAAAAGGGAAAGCUCUUGAGGGCAAA